AGAGGCGGCAGCGGCAACACGGAGCGAUCCUAGGGAAUCAUCAAUGACAAGCAGUCCUAGAAUGAAUUAUUGACACGUACAAUGCAGGCUUCUUCUAAAUGUCUUCAAUGACAGACCAUGGCGAUAUGACUCAGGCAUCCCCAACGACAUCGCACUGCAUUCUUUGACAAUACUGAAUCAGUCAGCAGCAGCUAGCAAGUGUUAGAAAGCUAGAACUACAGUUCAGCGUGAGUUAGCCACAGAGAAAUCUCAUGCCCCUUGCUCCAUGUGUUCAAAACAAGCCACCUCUCAGCAGUGCCCUCUACCGAGAGAAGUGCGUUCUACACCCAAAAAUGCCUGCCGCUAUCUGGACCACAGGACCAAGGGCUUCUACACUAAAGAUGCUGGAUGUGUCUACCGACGAAACCUUACUCUAUUACGAGAAAUGUUACUAAAUGAUGAUACAACAUUUGAGGUAGUGUGGAGCAACGAUUCAAAGUCCAAAAUAUCCUAUGAAUGUGGAAGACUGUAUUUCAAUAAUUACAGGCGUUGUUAUACCAGCCAGCAGGCGAUACCCCGCCUCCUGUAUGACAGUCCCCGACAUUUGCUGGCUUGGAAGAUUGAUGACGCCUUGUUUCUGCAGUCACCACUGGGCAGUUCGUUACCCUCCCCCUCGGACCAGAAGCCCUGUCUGCUCACCAUCACGAUUGGCAGCUGGCUCAAGCGCGUCUGCCCACAGACUGGACAGAUGCUGCAGAUGGUCUAUCUGUCUUCACGCCACAAAUACAGGUACCUUGAAUGGGAUACAGCACAAGAAACGUUUUACGCUAAGUCCACCCAAUGGAAGCCCAGAGAGGCUGGGGUGGAUUAUUGGGUGGAUAACCUGAUGAAUCUGGCAGUGUUCCAGGCCUUUCCUCUGAAGAUCAUUGGCGUCAUGGAGAUCAAUAAACGAGUGUUUGGGAGUACAGUAGUGGACGUGGUGUUGAAUCAGGGCGUGCUGGCUGUGUCUCAUCGCAACAUGAGUGUCAAGCUCUACAGCUUCCACCGCAUCCUCCAAAUGUUCAGGAAGCAGGACUUGAUUCUUGGUGAGCCAUGUAACAUUAAUGGAUCAGAAGGGGUCGUAGGAGAACACCCAUUUGGCAUUCCCUCGAACAUUCACAUCACAGAGGCUCCUCCGGUCCUGUUUGAAGUGUCUAGCCAAGCGGGGAUGCAGAUUGGGGGGAACCCUUUUCACUUCGUCUACACGCCCUGUGGGAAGAGAUUCAAGGGGGCACACCAUGUCUGCUCCCUAAAGGACAGGACACUGGCUAAAAACGGCGUUCAGGACAUUGACUGCUGCUCAGUAGAGUCGGACUCCAUCUACUUUCAUCCCGACAACUCCUCCAGAAUCAUCCAGCACGCCCCAAACACCAUCAAUGUUCUGAAAAUCAUGACUGAAUGGGGAGGUGGCAACCAGUCUGAAAUCAUUAAGGACUUCUCCAUCAGUGCACAGAGAGGCCAAAAUGCUGCCUCCAAGGUCACAGUAACCUCUUCUGGUCGCACUGUGAAGAGGAGAGUUUAUCAGCUAGAUGACGACCCUGAGAAUGAGACGUUUCGUUCUGUGGAAUACGAAGAUGAGCUAGACCUGCUUCAGGUGGUGGUCUCGCACAGAGAAGAGGCCGGGGGCGCUUCUGUCUGUCUCCAUGACAACAACACGGGGGCACUACUCAAGAGGAUUCCGCUUCUAGAACCACUUGAUGAAACAUUUCCCCAUGAAAUCAUCCUGGACAGAGACACUAUUGUCCACAUUCAACAAAGAAACAACAGUUUAUUUUGUUGUCGUGUUUACAAGAUGACACCCAGGAGGAUGGGAAGUGAUGACGAUGGCGCUGAAGAAAAAACACGCUGAUGACCAAAUGUGUGUCAAUAAUGAAUUUUUCAAAGAUAUAUGUUUCAUACAAUUUUUUAUAAUAAAAAAAGUUGUGUUCUCCAUGUA